UGAGAUCGACAGCAUCGUAGACGACGUUCGACAGUAGCGAACCAAUAACAGAUCUGGUCGCCGUGCUGACUCGAACCUUGAAGAUCUUCGGAAUUGGUUCUCCGGUGGGGUCGAGAUUUCGCUUGCGGCAUUCGAAGUGUUUCCCUCCUUCGCUCACCUCAGACGGUCAGACGCACCGGGCCAGCUUCGCUUACGACCAACUUCCCUUAGGACUGUUUGUAUCUGUACACGCUCUCACUACAUAUCUUGGGAAACAAACAGUGUGUGUUCGCGAUGGAGGCCCUUCUCAGCAAAAGCCGUACCAUGUGCCCGUUUUUGAAGAAGACAUCGCCCGCCACCCUUCGCUCGCUCUCUUCCAGCACCGCCGUCCAGCACUCGACGCCCGGCGGCGGCGCCAUGUCGAACUUGCAGAUUACUGCUCGCCGCUGCCCGGUCAUGGGGAGGGCGCUUUCGAUCCAGAGCGGUCGAAACCUGACCAGCUCCGUCCUGGCGGGUGCAUUCAGCGGCACGAGGGCCUACCACCAGAAGGUGCCGAAAGCCAAGCUGCACACGACGGCGCCGAAGGAGGCUCAGGCAGUUGAUCUGCACCGUGUCAGCCGUGAGCAUGCACCAUUCCACCCACCAGCGGCCAAGCCUGGAACUGCUGCUCAGACGCAGACCCAACACGGUGUUGCACCGGAGCCGCCGAAACCCGUCAACUUUAAUUAUGAUGGCUUUUACCAGAACGAGCUGGACAAGAAGCACAAGGACAAGAGCUACCGCUACUUUAACAACAUCAAUCGCUUGGCCCAGGAGUUUCCGCGCGCCCACAUGUCCGCUCCGGACGAGCGGGUCACGGUGUGGUGUUCCAACGAUUACUUGGGUAUGGGCAGAAACCCGCAUGUGCUCAAAAGAAUGCACGAGACUCUUGAUAGAUACGGCGCGGGUGCAGGCGGCACUAGGAACAUAUCUGGCCAUAAUCAGCAUGCUAUGGAUCUGGAGGGCACGCUUGCGAAAUUGCACGCCAAGGAGGCAGCUUUGGUGUUUUCCUCUUGCUAUGUCGCAAACGAUGCCACGCUAGCGACGUUGGGCAGCAAGUUCCCGAACUGCGUGAUCCUGAGCGACAGUAUGAACCACGCCUCCAUGAUCCAAGGCAUCCGCCACUCAGGCGCCAAGAAGAUGGUUUUCAAGCAUAACGAUGUGGCCGACUUGGAAAGCAAGCUUGCGAGUCUGCCUGCAGACGUACCGAAGAUCAUUGCGUUUGAGAGUGUGUACAGCAUGUGCGGCAGCAUUGGCCCGAUCGAGCAGAUCUGCGACUUGGCGGACAAGUACGGUGCCAUUACCUUCUUGGAUGAAGUACAUGCGGUUGGCAUGUAUGGACCGAACGGUGCUGGCGUGGCGGAGCAUCUCGACUAUGAUAUCUACGCGAACGGCGGUAACACCAGAGGCACGGUUAUGGACCGGAUUGACAUCAUUACUGGCACACUUGGCAAGGCAUACGGCUGCGUUGGCGGCUACAUCGCCGGAUCCGCGAAGAUGGUCGACACUGUCCGCUCGCUGGCCCCAGGCUUCAUAUUCACCACGUCCUUACCUCCUGCCACCAUGGCCGGCGCUAAGACAGCCAUUGAGUAUCAGAUGAGCUACCAGGGCGACCGACGCUUACAGCAACUCCACACGCGCGCAGUGAAGGAGAGUCUCAACGCCAUGGACAUUCCCGUCAUCCCCAACCCAUCCCACAUCAUCCCAGUAUUGGUCGGCAAUGCCGAAGUUGCCAAGCAAGCUUCCGACCUACUGCUGGAGAAGCACCAAAUCUACGUCCAAGCCAUCAACUACCCGACCGUCCCUGUUGGUCAAGAACGUCUCCGCAUCACGCCCACGCCUGGCCAUAUCAAGGCGUACCGUGAUCAUCUCUGCCAAGCUUUGGAGAGCGUGUGGAAUGAGCUCGGUAUUAAACGGACCUCGGACUGGGCGCGUGAGGGCGGAUUCAUUGGCGUCGGCGUGCAGGAUGCCGAGGUUGUGGAGCCGCUAUGGACGGAUGAGCAGUUGGGCUUGGAACAGUUCGCAAGAGAUUUGGAGGCUGGGCAGGGUACGCUUGGGGCGCUGGAGAACGUGCUGGAGAGGGAGCAUGUGCAGGUGCGGCAGGCUGUGGCUGCUGCCGCUUGAUGGCCAGGAUAUGGCAUCUUAGUCACUUAGAACACCUGUAUCCGAAGGUACACUCCCCAGGCUGCUUACGAGUCUUCUGCAUAUGAUCAAUAUUGUAUGUCUGUCUGUCCUUCGGUCGAUUGACGUCUAGGCCGUUUAGCCUGGUGAACGCGUUCAGUUGUCUG